AUGGCGAAAUGACUUUCUUUUUGGGAGAAUUUUACCUUUUACUCCUUUUUUGACAUACCUCUUUUUCCUAUCCUUGGAAAAACUAAGGAAAUUGUGAAAUGUCAUUAGAAGCACAACAAGAGAGUGAUGAAAAGAGUAUCAAGUUGCCAGUCGUCGGGGAUGCGAGCUUUGUAACAUCAGACGAAACACCAAUCCUCAUGGGAUUUUCUCUGAAUGACCCGGCAAAAAUCACUCGCACGGAAUCUACAGGUUCGGAAAGCUCUAAAACAGAGAAAUUAAGGAAUUCUCUGAAGUUCAAGAAUCCUGGAAGAUUACUUGAAGAAUUUAACCCUGAUACAAGUCGCCGUGAAAUGCGAAAAUUAAACAGACUGAUCAAAAAGGACCCUGCUAACCGAGCGAAAAGGAGACAAAGGCAAAGAAGACGGCCCCAGAAACAGACUUUCCACGACCGAUCAGGUGUUCGAAUGUCCGAUGGAAGAGAUGUGUGUGAUUGUCAAGACACUAAUUGUCCCGGUUGCCAUUUUCCUUGUCCUUCUUGUGGAUCAGAAAAGUGUGGUGUUGAAUGUCGCUGUGAUCGACAAUGGACUUAUCUAAAAGAUGUGGAAAUUGAGAAUCCGCUACCAAGUGUUUGUCGGAGAUUGGGAAAUCGCUAAAAUCCACGCCUCUCUUCACAAGAACAGUAUUUAUGAAAGAGCUUAGCUAUACGGGGGUUUGGGUCCAAGUGGGCUUCUGAAUUCCUCUCUUUUGUGAUGAAUUAAUGGAUAAAUGAUCAAUGAUAAUUCCACACGGAAUGCAUACAAAUGCCAAAACCCUGGUUUAGAACCCUAAUGGACCCUGCCUUUGCCCCUUUUACAAACAUAGUAAGACUUUUAUGGGUUUUCCAGGGUGAUCUAAGUUUAUAGGUAUUGUAGCCAUGUAAGAGUGUUUUAAACAAUGGUGUACUUAGUAAACCAAAACUGAUAAGUUCUUAGAGAAGAAGUGAUCCUGACUUUUUUCAUAGAGUGUUUAAGAGCACAAGUAAAGUGGUUAAUAUUUCUUUGUUUGCCUUUCACAG